AUGGCAUCUAAAAGCAUCAUCACGGCCACGUUGGGCAUUGCUGGCUGCGUCUCGGCAGGAGGUUGGAGACAUGGUUCAAGCAGUAGUGCUAUAAAUCUGCACAUCCCACAAACGGCAUCUGGAGCUUCGAUCAAGCACACUUCGUCCUUCUCCAGCUUCUCUUUCGAGCCUGCGUUUUGGGUCGAGUUUUUCGGCAAUGCGAGUAGCCCGAACAAUUUCACACUCAGCGCGUUGAGUCUUCUUCAUGAACAUGGAGGCAAGCCGGAGAUUCGACCUGGUGGAAUUACCAUGGACAGCAUGAUCUUCGAUCCAUCUGCAGGCAACCCAGUCAGGAUCACGAAUGCAAAAGGAGGAGUCUACCGCACGACAGUUGGUCCGGAUUACUAUAAGAGCUGGUCGAAUUUCCCCGAGGGCACAAAAUUCAUCUCGACGCUUAAUUUUGGUAAUGAUAGCCUGGAUAUCGCCCGGGAUAUGGCGGUCGCCUCGAUCAAAUACCAGCCGGAUCUUGUCAAGUAUUUUGAGUUGGGAAAUGAGCCGACGAAUUAUGAUCCGGAUAGGUGGCAGAAUAGUACUGCUAACUACGUCAAGCAGUGGAAGGAGUGGACUGCUGCGAUUGAUACCGCUGUGAAUGCUGAAGCUGGAGAAGCGGUCUCGAAUGAGCUUGGAAAGGCCCGCUGGGAGGCUUCUUCGGCGACUACGGAUGAGACGCCGCUCCAUGUUAGGCCUGCUGAUAUCAUUCCAGCGGGAGUGAACUCUGCUGGGCAAGUGGCGGAGUACAGCAUACAUUCGUAUGCUUUUGCAACUUGUGAUCCUAAACGAUUGGCACUCGCCACUAUCAAAAAUAUUCUAAACCACACCGGGCUCGUGGAGUACGCCGACACCGAGAUCGUGCCAUCGGCCAAAGCAGCUCUGGAUUCUGGAACACCUUGGAUCAUAGGAGAAUUCAACUCCAUCGCCUGUUCCGGAAACCCUAAUGUCUCUGACACAUUCGCACAAGCGCUCUGGGAGGUCGACACAGAGCUCAUCUACGCUGUACGGAAUGCUUCGGCAUGCUAUCUGCACCAAGGCGCAACUCUAGUCUUCCAAUCGACUACGCAAAGCAAUACCGCCGGUGAUGACGGAUCUCCAGGUUUCUCCACUUACUCCAUGUUAUACCCUAUUACAACUUCCAAACGCGGUCCCCAGCGCGUGCUUCCAGGGUACACCGGUCUGCUUUUCCUCGCCGAAGCUUUCGCCACAGCGGGAGUGCAGAUCAGAGCCUUAGACACGCCAACAUCACUCAGCAGCGACCACUUUUCUGGCUAUGCUUUCUACAACAAUGGCACUCUAAGCAAACUCGCUCUCAUCAAUAUGAAGCCAUAUUAUGCAAAUUCCACAGACGACUAUACAGCCGAGUUCAACGUCUUUGCCGAACAGAAGAGCUAUGCACGCUUCGGACACGGCCGACAAGCAUAUGUCAAGCGCCUCACAGCUCCAACGGUGGAUGAAAAGUUAACAGAGAAAGUCACUUGGGCUGGGCAAUCGUUCAAAGAAGCCAAGGUAGAAGGAGAGGUUGCCAUCGAACGCGUUGGGUCGGACGGUAUCGUCAAAGUCCGAGGCAGUGAAGCCGUUCUCGUCUUUUUUGAUGAGAAAGAGGUCUGCGACUUGCGAGAGUCAAGCCAAUCGAAGUCCUCAGGCUGGCGCGGGCGUUGGUCUUGGUUGGGCGGUAAGUAG